UCCACGGGCAGCCGAGCGUGUGCUCUCUGCCUGGGGGCCGAGUUCUGAAGGAACUGUUGGAGCUGAAGGUUUUGUGGUGGGCAAAGGCUCUGUGUGAGACCCCAGGGUGGCCUCACCGGCUCCUUCAAUGACCUCAGAAGUCUGAGCAGCGGCCUGCACGCUUGCUUUGCUUCGCUCCACCAUGGAUGAGACCCAGGAGCCGCUGGCCAUGACCGUACACCUCCUGGCUGACUCUGGGCAUGGCUCGCUUCUGCAGCAGGCUCUGGACCAGCUCCUGGAUGGCAUCUGCCCAGGGAUGCGCCUCUUCCUGGUGUCAGAGCGCGUCCGACCAGUGAAAUACUAUGAGAGGUACCCCUCGAGGCGGUCCCGGUUCCCGGGGAUGUCGGUGCUGCUCUUCCUGCAUGAAAGCCGUGGAGAGGAGCGGCUGCUCCGCGUUCUGGACUCCCUGCAGCGUCCACCCUGGCACUGCUACCCUACGCAGGAUGUGCAGGGGAGACUUCGUCCCUACCUUCUUGCAAAUCAGGAGUUCUACAGCUUGGACAACCAGAUGCCUGUCUGGGGCGUCAGGCAGGUGCACUGUGGCACCGAGAUCCUGAGGGUGACGCUGUACUGCAGUUUUGACAACUACGAGGAUGCCAUCAGACUCUAUGAGAUGAUCCUGCAGAGAGAGGCCACUUUACAAAAGAGCCACUUCUGCUUCUUUGUGCUCUACACCACUGACAACUUGGYUCUGCAGCUCUCCCUGAAGCAGCUGCCCCUGGGAACUUCAGUGGACCCCAAAGAGUCUUGCGUGCUGCAGUUCAAGGUUCAAGAGAUCGGCCAGCUGGUGCCUCUUCUACCCAACCCCUGUGUUCCCAUCAGCAGCACCAGGUGGCAGACGCAGGACUAUGAUGGUAACAAGAUUCUGCUGCAGGUCCAGUUGAAUCCAGAACCUGGUGUUAGGAACCGCGAACUUUCUUUUCUGAAUGGCACCUUGGGUUCUGGCUUGCUCCAUCAGAGCUCCAGGCUGACCCCUGUCCCUGCACAGAGAACCCUAGAACCCAGGAGCCGGAGGAUCCGGGGCAGGAGGUUCAAGGUGCGUUCUCUGGAGUUCCCUGAGCCCAGUAGGGCAUCAGACAGCUCUAGCGUCACUUCAUGGAAAAGCCCUGGUUGGUCAUCCCCCGCCAGCAGCUCUGUCACAAGCACCCAGCUGCAUCCUCCACUUGAGCCCAGGGUCAGAAUGAAGGUCCUCCGGGAAAACAGCCUUCAGGAGCUGGAGGCCGAGACCAAUGUUGACACGGGCUUCACCAUCAUCAGUUCUGAGCCGAGGCCAUCUUUUCUGAGCAGAUUUCCAAGGGAUUUGUGGAUUACCCAGCCACCAUCCUGCUUGCCAGACUCUUCUUUAGAGGGGGCUACCUCUAAAAACAAGGGCAUUCUUAGGGAAAGAAUCCAUCCCUUGUCACUUGCUAGCCAAGGGGACUCUGAUACAAGGAAGAUAAUCUCAAGAUGUUCCCUUCAUCUGCCAGUCCAAGGAGGAGAAAAAGAAGAAGAAUUCUUUAUAUAGCAUAAAACAAAUGUGUUGUUUAAAAAUACAAAAUCAGAUAGAACGUUCUAGAAAUGGAUCACUGACCCAGAAUCCUCUUGUUUCUUGUUCAUCUGAGGGCACCUGCAUGCUAUGCACAUACAGAUCUGUAUUGCUUUCAUUUCAAAUGUUCAACUUCUGCAGGUUUCAGGAGUGAUUGUUGGUCUGCUGUCCCAGUCAUAAAGGAACACAGACAAGUACAGGGAGAUAGCUGGAUGCUCAUGAUCCCUGGAGGCUCACUGACCCAACUGCCUGUGUUGAGUUCAGCAUUUACCAGGAUAACUGCAUUGUAGGCAAAUGAAUCGGAAAUGUUAUGCAAAGCUGAUUAGUGUAUGUAAUUUGGUUUUAAUUUUUUCUUGGGUUACAUAGCUCAUCUCUCUGGACAGCAUGGACUAUUUAUUCUUUAGUGCUUUUUAAUUUUUAUGUGACCUCCUUUGGUAACUAGGCCCUUGUUCACCACAUACCCUCUUGUGAUUUUGCCUUUAAAGUUAUUUGCAUCUGGAAUGAGUGAAUAUGCAAAGUAUUUUGAAAAUUACAAGCAACAUUCCCCCCCCCCUCUUUAAUGAGCAGAAACCCUGGAAGUUAGAAAAAUCAGGUUAAAAAUUAAUGCUAGAUGCUAAGGUUUUCCUGGUCUUUGGAGUAUCAUUUGUUUUUGCCCUACUCUGAAGAGGCCAGCUGCUUGUUUUUUUUUUUUAAACAAACCAAGGAAGACAUAGGAUUAUUGGAUAAUUUGAGAUCUCCAUGGAGCAAGGUGGGAAGAUUGGAUUGGCUGGGUCACUGGAGCAGAACUUUGUUGUUUCUGGCCAUUUUUUAAUCCUCAAAGUCCUUUAUGAUACACAUCAUUCAUUUAUAUAUUCACUCCACAAAUAUUUAUUGAACACUGUGUUUGAAUAAGACGUCAUGUAUCUGGUACAUACACAUUCUGUGACCAUCAAGCCCCCAAAGUGGUUAUGAUUUUGCAAUGAUGAUAAACCCAUUCUACCAGCUGUUAGAAAGAUGUUGAUAUCCAAACCUGUUCCUCCAAGAGCUUCUCUCACAAUCGAGACACACACUUGCCACACAAAUUUGUAGUAAGUAUUCGCAACUUGCGGAUGGAGACUGGGCAUAUUGUGAAUUGCAAUUAUAAUUCCAAGGGAAAAGCUCUCCAUUGCUUAUGUGCUGGGUUAUUUGUGUUAAGGUUUGUGCACAUGUCUAAAAAAAAUCUGGGAUUUUGUAUUUUAGUUAAUUUAUAGGGUUAUUUGGCUCUAUGAACUUCAUUUUCCAGGAUGGAUAUUACAUAAGAAUAUAAAUAUUGAUUUUUUUUUUCAGUGCAGGAUAUCAAACCCAGGUCCUUGCCCAUGCAAGGCAAGCACUCUAUCACUGAGCUCCAUCCCCAGGCCUGAGCUGGAUCUUUUAAAGUCCUGGAAACUCAGUACACCCAACUUGAGAGAAAGAUGAGCUCAGGCCUAACCCCAAAAAACAGUAGAAGCCAGGUCAGUUGAUAAUGGACAAAAAUAAGACUUUUAAAUGGACUUUUUCUGUCUUUAAGGCAUCAGUGUACCUCCUCAUUCUCAUGAUGUCUCUUCUCCAGAUUAAAAUUUUAUCUUAGAAAAUAGAAUGAAGAACUUCAUUUUGGUAUUGAUGUAUCAUGAGUUUUCUUUUUUUCUUUUGAAAGUCUUAUACUAGUUGAGCUAUUGAGCUACCAUGAGAAACAUAGCAGGGAGAAGUUUUAAAACUUCCUUCCCACUUUUUUCCCCCCUGAAAUUAUUUAAAUUUCUUUAAUAUAAUACAUGGGCAAGAAUAUAAAUACAUGGAAAUGAUAAAGAAUAUUUAGAAAUUUGAAUGGGUACCUAACAAAAUUGGCUUGUAAAAUAAUAAAUUCUUAAGAUAACAUCUACUCUAUUCUGCUCAGUGUAGGAUCUAAUUUAUGGAAAGAUGGGGAUGGAAAUACCAGUAGAUCAGGUUGCAGAUGAGCAGAUUUUAAAUUUCCUAUUUAUGUGACCUUGAACAUGUCAGGUUCAUUGAUCUUUUAGUGCUUUAUCUAUUGUAACAAAAGCUGUUUGGAGAAUUGAGAUGAUGUAUAUGAAAGCAUUAAGAUGUCAGUAGCCCCUAUAAAUGUGUUUUUUUGCUAUUAUAUUAUAUUUUAUAUUAUAUCGUAUAUGAUAUUAUUAAUACAAUCGAUUGGUCCUUUAUACCCACAGUUUAAAAAUCUCAUAAGAACAAUUUUUUUAAGUCAAGCAGUUUUUAGUAAAAUCAAUGAGUCAAUAAAAAGGAAAUUUACCUUU